GGCGCCGGCGGCGGCCUAGGAGGCGGAGAAGGCCUUGGAGGCGGCGGCGGCGGCGGCUUUGGAGGCGGAGGAGGUGGCGGCGGUGGAGGCUUAGGAGGCGGUGGCAGCCUUGGAAGCGGCAAACUCCUCGGUGGAUUUGUCAAGACGUUAUUAAAUGGCGGCCAUGGCGGCGGUGGUGGACUUGGAGGCGGCGCUGGAUCAGCAAACGGAGCUGGAGGUGGUGGUGGACAUGGCGGUGGCGCUGGUGAAGGCCUCGGAGGUGGCGCUGGAUCAGCAAACGGAGCUGGAGGUGGUGGUGGACAUGGCGGUGGCGCUGGUGAAGGCCUCGGAGGUGGCGCUGGAUUAGGAGGCGGAGCCGGAGGUGGUAGUGGACUCGGAGGAGGCGCUGGUGGAAGCUAUGGAGGUGGCGCUGGAGGCGGGGCUGGAGGUGGCGAUGGACAUGGAAGCGGCAGCGGUGGCGGCCUCGGAGGUGGCGCUGGUGGAGGCCUUGGAGGAGGCGCUGGAUCAGCAAACGGAGCUGGAGGUGGUGGUGGACAUGGCGGGGGUGCUGGUGGAGGCCUCGGAGGUGGCGCUGGAUUAGGAGGCGGAGCCGGCGGUGGUAGUGGACUUGGAGGAGGCGCUGGUGGAAGCUAUGGAGGUGGCGCUGGAGGCGGGGCUGGAGGUGGCGAUGGACAUGGAAGCGGCAGCGGUGGAGGCCUUGGAGGUGGCGCUGGAUCAGGAAAUGGAGCCGGAGGUGGCGCUGGAUUAGGAAACGGAGCCGGAGGUGGCGCUGGAUUAGGAAACGGAGCCGGAGGUGGCGGUGGACUCGGAGGCGGCACUGGUGGAGGCUAUGGAGGUGGCGCUGGAGGCGGGGCCGGAGGUGGCGAUGGACAUGGAGGCGGUGGUGGUGGAGGCCUCGGAGGUGGCGCGGGAUUAGGUGGCGGAGCUGGAGGUGGUGGUGGACAUGGCGGCGGUGCUGGUGGAGGCCUCGGAGGUGGCGCUGGAUUAGGAGGUGGUGGUGGACAUGGAGGCGGCGCUGGAGGCCACGGAGGUCAUGGAGGCGCGGCCGGAUCGGGAGGCGGCGGCAGUGGCGGCAGUGGCGGCAGUGGCGGCAGUGGCGGCGGCUACGGCGGUGCCGGCGCCCAGGCUUCAGCCAGCGCUAGCGCGAGCUCAAGCGCGGGCGGCUAUGGAGGCCAUAAGGGAGGUUACGGUCGAUAAAUAAAGAACUACCAAAUUCAACGUUACCUGAAAUGACAUCCCAAAAGCUCAUGUGAUAAAAAAUACCUAUUUUUUUAUUUUAUUAUUGUAUAGCAAUGAAUAUUGAUCAAUGUUUUGCCAUAUUUUUUAAACGUUUGUUAUGAAUAAAAAUAAAAAUACGUAUGUAAAAUGAUCUAA